AUGAGCGAACCAAUUCUGUCUGCCUACAACUCAUUUUCCAGCGCCGUUGUUUCUACGAACGACAUAACCACCAUUGAAGGUUGCGAAUUUGUGAACUUCGGCUCACAUUCAAAUGAACAGCACGGCGGAUAUCUAAAUAUUGCCUGUGGAGUGGGUAUGUCCGAGGCUGAAGUGGAUGAGUUGUUCAAUCGAAUGGCGACUACAUAUGCUAAAUUCGCUCGCAAAAACGGCUAUUUCCAGCCAGGAGACAACCGGUGUCGUAAUCAUUGUUACGAUGAUGAUGAUGAGAGCGAUGGAUAG